AUGUACAAACUUCAAAACCCUCAACCAACCUCUCACAAUUACUCACAACUCACAAACCACCUAUCAAUCAUGUCUCCUGCAACCAAUCAAGUCGUUUGCGUCACUGGCGCCGCUGGAUUCAUCGCCUCGUGGAUUGUCAAAUUGCUCCUGGAGAAAGGCUAUGUUGUCCGAGGGACCGUUAGAAAUCCAGACGAUUCGAAGAAUAAUCAUUUGAGAGAGCUUGAAGGAGCAAAGGAAAGAUUAACUCUAUACAAAGCCGAUCUUCUAGAUCUCGAAAGCUUGUGUGAAGCCAUCAACGGUUGUGAGGGUGUUUUCCACACUGCUUCUCCUGUCACUGAUGAUCCUGAACAAAUGAUGGAGCCCGCGGUGAUGGGAACAAGGAAUGUAAUGGUGGCUGCGGCUGAAGCUAAAGUCCGGCGAGUGGUUUUCACAUCGUCAGUUGGAGCGGUGUACAUGGAUCCGAAUCGGAGUCCUGAUGUUGUUGUUGAUGAGAGCUGCUGGAGUGACCUUCAAUUCUGCAAGAACACUAAGAACUGGUAUUGCUAUGGAAAAGUUGUGGCGGAACAGGCUGCAUGGGACGAGGCAAAAGCAAGAGGGGUUGACUUGGUUGUAGUGAAUCCGGGGUUGGUCAUAGGACCACUUUUGCAACCUACGGUCAAUGCCAGCAUUAUACAUAUCUUAAAGUAUCUAACGGGGUCGGCAAAGACCUACGCUAAUGCGGUCCAAGCGUACGUUGACGUACGAGAUGUGGCAUUGACGCACAUAAUACUCUUUGAGACUCCCUCGACUUUUGGUCGGUAUCUUUGUGCUGAAAGUAUGCUACAUCGCGGAGAAGUGGUUGAGAUUUUGGCUAAAUAUUUUCCGGAAUACCCGAUUCCCACCAAGUGUAAAGAUGAGACAAAACCACGAGCAAGGCCAUACAAAUACUCAAUCCAAAAGUUGAAGGAUUUAGGUGUUAAAUUUAUACCGAUAAAAGAAAGUUUAUAUGACACGGUUAAGAAUUUACAAGAGAAUGGUCAUCUCCCGAUGCAACCAACCCAGACUGGUGACUAAUUCCAUAUUUAAUCCUAGUAGUUUGAUUUAAUUAAGUUUUAUAUUGAA